AGCUUUUAGAAGGCAUUCACAUUUGCUAUGCAAAGAGUAAGUAUCUAGAUUGAAAUGAUUCUCCAAUUGGAUGAAUGGCAAAACCUUCGAACAACUGCAUUAAUUUGUUUGAUAAUAUUAAUUAUUUACAAAUGUCUACAAUACACCAGAAUUGUUGCAAGAAAGCAUGCAAUGUUUCGACCAUCUUCGGUACCAAGACUUAGCGUAUUGCGCUAUUUUUCAGUGCUGAUUUCUGUUUAUAAGCAAAGCACGCCUAACUGCCCAGCACUGGCAUUGGGACUUCAAUGGGUUUGGUGUCUAUGUCUAUUGUAUGGACAGAAAGGUCUGCUGGGUGGAACAGUUCUUUAUAAGCCUGGAAUGAUGUUUUAUAAACCAGAAACAGUAGAGGUUUUAUUAAAUAAUACAGAACUUAUUGAGAAAGGCAUCUUAUAUAAGCUUAUUGCACCUUGGCUGGGCGCUGGACUCAUUACUAGUGGAGGCGAAAAAUGGCGGAAACAUCGGAAGAUGCUAACACCAACAUUCCAUUUUUCCAUUCUGGAGAAUUUCAUUCCUGUGUUCCAAGAGCAGUCCGAAAUUUUGGUUUCAAAAUUACAGCUCUGUAUUCAGGAACCAUGGAUAGAUGCUCUGCCACUUAUAUCUGCUUGCACAUUAGAUGCCUUAUGCCAGACUGCUAUGGGAAUUUCCAUUAAUGCUCAAAACGAUGAAAACUGUGAAUAUUGUAAAGCAAUUCAUGAAAUUGGAGAGAGUUUCAUGUUCCGGGCUCCGCGGCCAUGGUUAUAUCCUGACAUCAUCUUCAACUUGACUUCACACGGGAGAAAGUUCAACACUAACAUUCAAAUUGUUCAUGGGUUAAGUGAGCAGGUAAUAAAAGACAAGAAAAUUGAAAUGACAACAGGUGUUAAUGGGAAUUCGAAAUCAGAGAAAGAAACGGAAGGAAGCUAUUUUCAAAAGAGAAAACCAUUUUUAGAGUUACUUUUGGAAUAUCAUCUGAAAGAUCCGACAUUUACAGAAAGAUAUAUAAGAGAAGAAGUGGAUACUUUCAUGUUUGCGGGUCAUGAUACUACAGCCGCAACAAUAAGUUGGACCUUAUAUUGUUUAGGAGUUCACCAAGAAAUUCAGAAAAAAGUUCACGAAGAACUAGAUAUGAUAUUUAAAAUGGAGGAGAACAAUAGCAUAUCACGCGAAACUUUGACACGAAUGAAAUAUCUUGAAUGCGUCAUCAAGGAAACAAUGCGACUGUAUCCAACCGUUCCACUCAUCUUAAGGGAAAACAAACAACCUUUUAAAGUUUUGGGUCAUAACAUAUAUACUGGUACAAUGUGCGGUAUUUUUAUUUUUGGAUUGCAUCGGGAUCCUGUGUCAUUUCCCAAUCCAGAAAUAUUCGAUCCAGAUCGUUUCCUACCAGAAAACAGUAGAAAUAGGCAUCCUUAUGCUUUUGUUGCCUUUUCUGCUGGACCUCGGAACUGUAUAGGUCAGAAAUUCGCAAUGAUGGAAAUGAAAAUAAUUUUAUCAAGCAUUCUCAGACGCUUCCGUGUCUCUUCUUUGGACGGCAGAGAAAAAGUGAUUAUCUACCCUAGUCUUGUUACUCGAAGUGUUAAACCUUUGAGACUGAAGUUUGAGUCCAGGUGAUUGUGAAGUUGUCACAUUUUUGAUUUAUGAGGCUGAAUUUUUAAAAGCUGUACUCUGAA